UGAAAAUUUUUACAUGACUUUGGUGUACGUACGUCGUUUAGGGCGGCUCCGUUCAAUUGCUCUUUAAAUGCAUAAAUGAAAUGUUUUUAAAAAUUUGACAAACAUUUAAUCGAUUAAUAGAGAAAAAUUGCAGAAAAAUAAAUUAAGCUUAUAAGUGUUGAUUAAAGAAAUAGCGUCCAUUAGACCCGCCGAUAACCUUAUCCGUACAAAACUUAUUCUUAAUUCUUGUAAAUUUGUUUGAUUUCCCGUCUGGCAAGUUUCGGCCAAUCUAGGCCGAUUUAAACGACCUUCAAAACGUUUUGUGUCGAGGCAAUACGCACAAUGGGCUGCGCACAGUCUGCAGAGGAAAGAGCCGCAGCCGCCAGAAGCCGUCUUAUAGAAAGAAAUCUGAAAGAAGAUGGCAUACAAGCAGCAAAAGAUAUUAAACUACUUUUGCUGGGUGCUGGUGAAUCUGGCAAAAGCACAAUAGUUAAACAAAUGAAAAUUAUCCACGAGAGCGGGUUUACUCCGGAAGAUUUCAAACAGUAUCGGCCAGUUGUGUACAGCAACACAAUACAAUCAUUAGUUGCAAUACUUAGAGCAAUGCCAAACCUCAGUAUUCAGUAUAGCAAUAAUGAGCGAGAAAGCGACGCGAAAAUGGUGUUUGAUGUAUGUCAACGUAUGCAUGAUACGGAACCCUUUUCAGAGGAACUUCUAGCUGCUAUGAAAAGAUUGUGGCAAGAUUCUGGUGUUCAAGAAUGCUUCUCACGUAGCAACGAAUAUCAAUUAAAUGAUUCCGCUAAAUAGUAAGUGAUUUUAUUAUAACAUUUAU